AUGUCGAUAGUAUGUGUACAAUUAGGAUAGUGUGGCAAUUAACUUGGUAAUUCUUUUUAUGAUUUCCUAAUAAAUGAAUGCUAAAAUUCAUCUCCUGCUGCAUAAGCAACACUUUUAGACACAUUUUUUUACUAGAAAGAAGAAAAAUCAGGUGUUAAAAAUUAUGCUAAAUCACUUUUAAUUGAUAUGGAACCUAAGGUUGUAUAAUCUUGUUUGAAUUCUCAUUAAAAUGAUGUUUGGGAAUUUGAUCCUACAAAUUGUUUUACAUAGUAGGAAGGUUCUGGUAAUAAUUGGGCUUAUGGUUAUAAUGUACAUGGAUUAAAAUGUAGAGAUAAAAUUCUAUAAACUUUUUAAAAAUUGCUAGAAUAAAUUGACUUUUGUGAAGGAAUAUUUUUAUUAUAAUCUUUGGCUGGAGGUACUGGAAGUGGAUUAGGGUCGUUUAUACUUGAAAUGAUAAAUGAUGAAUACCCUGAGUUAAAUAAAAUGAAUGUAUGUGUUGCUCCACAUUUGACAGGAGAAGUUAUACUCUAAAGUUAUAAUUGUGUCCUUACAAUAACAAGCUUAUAUUAAAAUACAGAUGGGAUUAUUUUAGUUGAGAAUGAUAAGAUUGAAGAAAUAUGCAAUAAGCUGCUCAAUCUUAAAAGACCUUCUUUAAAUGAAAUGAAUAGAGUUAUUGCUCAUCAGCUUUCUUCUGUACUCUUUCCUGUACUACCAGAGUCUCAAAAAAACUCAUCUGGUUAGUAAUAACAAGUUAAUUACUUUUCUAGCCUCCAAAAUAACUUUAGAUAUUUUAAUGAUAUUUAUGAUUUGUUACUAACAGAUCCAAGAUAUAAAAUUUUGAGUAUAAGAAAUGUUCCACAAAUGCCUGAUGCUAGUAAAAGUUUUUAAAAUGAUUAGUGGUCUGCUUUAGAAAAAAGGAUAUUUUAAAUGUAAAUAAGUAAUAGUAUGGAAAGUAAUAUUAAUUGGAGUAAAAAGAUAGAUUCUGGUAUUAGGAGUUUAGGAAAUAUACUAAUUGGGAGAGGGAUAGAUGUUUAAAAAUAAAAGUUUGAAAUGUUUGCAGAGCCCUUAAUUUAUAAGAAUUAGAGGGUAAAUUAUAGGUACUAUAAAGAUUCACAUCAAUUCAAUAACAAUGAAAAGAGUAUAUCGAUGAUUUCUAAUUCGUAAUUUUGUGUAGAGCCACUUUAAACUAUUUCCAAUAGAGCUCAUUAAAUGUAUAGAGAAAAAGCAUAUUUAUAUUAAUAUGAAAAAUAUGGCAUCUCUCAAGAAGAAUUUUUUUAGAGUCUUGCUAUUUUUGAUUAGAUUCUAUUCAACUAUCAAUCUAUUUGA